ACCCCACAAAAAAACCCCACUCACUCUCACACACUCACUCCUCUGCCACCGUUUUUCCCUUUCACCUCCUCUGUAACAACAUCGUAAACAGAACAACCAAACAAGUAACAACCUCAAUCCACACAUUAUUAAAAUCAAAUUCUAAACCCAAAGAAACUCUCACUCUUUUUUUAAUUUUUUAAAAAUAUCCCAAAAGAUAACUAAAAAAAAGCUAAGAAUGGAAUCUGAAGACUCUGUUAGGCUCUGUUUGGGAACCAAAAACAGAGCAACUUAAUUGAAUGAGCAAUAAUUCAUUUUAGCAACUCCAAAAUCACUACAAUGGCGAAUUCUGAAGAGGUUUUCCCAUGGCUAAAAUCGCUUCCAGUAGCACCAGAGUAUCGACCAACUUUAGCAGAGUUUCAAGAUCCAAUAGCUUACAUUUUCAAGAUCGAAAAAGAAGCAUCCAAAUAUGGAAUCUGCAAGAUUAUUCCACCGGUUCCACCAUGUCCUAAGAAAACCGCUAUUUCUAACCUGAACCGGUGUCAACCCCGGUUCACAACACGUCAACAACAGAUCGGAUUCUGUCCACGGCGGCCUCAGCCGGUUCGACGACCGGUCUGGCAUAGUGGUAACCACUACUCGUUUCGCGAAUUCGAAGCUAAGGCGAAGUCGUUUGAGAAAAGUUACUUCAAAAAGGGGAAGAAACUUGGUCAGUUUUCUCCUCUGGAAGUUGAAGCUAUGUACUGGAAAGCUACUGCGGAUAAGCCUUUUUGUGUGGAGUAUGCGAACGACAUGCCUGGUUCUGCUUUUGGGGAAGUGAACGACGGUGGUUACGGUGGUUUUGGGGGAGAUGGUUUUUUAACGGUGGGUGAAACGGGUUGGAAUAUGAGAGGGGUUUCGAGGGCAAAUGGGUCUUUGUUGAAGUUUAUGAAGGAAGAGAUACCUGGUGUUACUUCUCCUAUGGUUUAUGUUGCUAUGUUGUUUAGUUGGUUUGCUUGGCAUGUGGAGGAUCAUGAUUUGCAUAGCUUGAAUUAUCUUCAUAUGGGGGCUUCUAAGACUUGGUAUGGUGUUCCUAGAGAGGCUGCUGUUGCUUUUGAGGAUGUUGUUAGAGUUCAUGGCUAUGGAGGAGAGGUUAACCCUCUUGUUACUUUUGCUAUUCUUGGGGAGAAAACUACAGUGAUGUCUCCUGAAGUAUUUGUUCAGGCAGGUGUUCCAUGUUGCAGGUUAGUGCAAAAUGCUGGGGAGUUUGUUGUGACAUUUCCAAGAGCCUAUCACACAGGAUUCAAUCACGGUUUUAAUUGUGGAGAGGCAGCUAACAUUGCAACACCUGAAUGGUUGACCGUUGCUAAAGAUGCUGCCAUUAGGAGGGCUUCAAUUAAUUAUCCUCCCAUGGUUUCACAUUUCCAGUUACUUUAUGACCUUGGUCUUGCUAUGUGUUCUAGAAUCCCUGGAGACAUCAGCGUCGGACCAAGAAGUUCUCGACUUAAAGAUAAAAAGAAGGGUGUAGGACAAACGGUAAUUAAAGAACUAUUUGCACAGGAUGUGUUACAGAAUAAUGAUCUGCUGCAUGCCCUCGGCAAAGGAUCUUCUGUAGUACUCCUUCCUCGUAGCUCUUCUGACUUCUCUGUUUACUCAAAAUUACGCGUUGGAUCUCAACAACAAAAGGUUGACACUGAUUUUUCACUCAAUGUGUGCAAUUCUGAGGGAACGAAUUCCUCAAAAAAAUCCAUUUCAGAUGAUCUAGUGUUCAACAGGAAUCAUGGAAUCAAAAAAGUAAAAGGUUUUUCUUCUGUAAAAGAAAAAUUCACUACCUUGUGUGAAAGGAACAGGGUUUGUUCAUUUAGUGCAAAUGGUGACAUAUGCACUUCAAGUUCUAAAACAUUGCAAAGAGACACCGAAAAAGAUACAAGUCAAGGAGAUGGGUUAACAGACCAAAGACUAUUCUCAUGUGUCACAUGUGGAAUAUUAAGUUUUUCUUGUGUUGCUAUUGUACAGCCUAAAGAACCAGCAGCUAGAUACCUUAUGUCAGUUGAUUGUAACUUCUUCAAUGAUUGGAUAGUGGGUUCUGGAGUAACUAGAAAUAAGUUUACUGCUUCCCAUGAAGAUGCAAACAUUUCCAAGCAGAGCACAUAUACAGGAUGGACAAAACAGAAUGCCAGAAAUGAUUUAUACGAUGUUCCUGUUGAAUCUGUUGAACAACAGACACAAAUUGCUGAUCAAAGUCAUAUGGAAGCUUCAAAUGCUGUAACAGAAAACACGGCUCUUGCAUUGUUGGCUAUAGCAUAUGGAAAUUUAUCCGAUUCCGAGGAAGAGGAUCAAAGUGACUCAGAUAUUGCAGUUGAUGGUGAUGAUUUAAACACGACGAACCCUCCAUUAAGAAGUAAAUCCCAGGAGAGACCUUGUUUGCCUUCUCAAUUCCAAGAUUGCCAUGCUAGCCCAGUAACUAUUAAUAAUUAUGAGAGUUAUAUGCAUAAGAAAGUCGAGCGCAUUAUGAGCCCUUUUGAUCAUUCUACCUUGAAUUGUUCCGAGGAUACUCUUACUGAAAUGCCUUUGUUGGGCAAGACAGUGAUUCCCAUUGACAAUAAAAAUCUAUCAUCAGUGCCACCAUCUGAUGAAGAUGCGUCUAGGAUGCAUGUCUUCUGUCUAGAGCAUGCUGCAGAAGCAGAGCAGCAACUUCGCCCAAUUGGAGGAGCGCAUAUAUUGCUCCUAUGUCAUCCAGAUUAUCCGAAGAUAGAGGCUGAAGCGAAGUUUGUGGCAGAAGAAACAGGGAUUGAUUAUAAGUGGAAGAAUACUGUAUACAGGCAUGCCAACAGGGAAGACGAGGAGAGGAUUCAAUUAGCUCUGGAUAGUGAGGAAGCUAUUUCUGGCAAUAGUGACUGGGCUGUAAAGUUGGGAAUCAAUCUCUUUUAUAGUGCCAAUCUUAGCCGGUCUCCACUUUAUAGUAAGCAGAUGCCUUACAAUUCUGUUCUGUAUUAUGCAUUUGGUUGUAGCUCUCCGGUAAGCUCGCCCGCCGAGCCCAGUGUCUGUCAGAGAAGGACAAAUAGGCUGAAAAAGGUAGUUGCUGGAAAGUGGUGCGGAAAAGUUUGGAUGUCGAAUCAGGUCCAUCCCCUUUUAGCAAAAAGAGAGCUUGAUGACUUUGAGAAUGAGAAAAGCAUACAACUGUGGCCAUUAGUCGAUGAGAACAAUGAGAGACCAGAACGUUCACACAAAAGUAAUACUACGAAUAGAAAAUAUGGUCGGAAAAGGAAAGUGGCCGCAGAGAGUGAAGGAGAUUGGGAAGGAAGUUUUUCUGAGGGGGAUUGGCUUUCUGAUAAUUCAAUUGAAGAUAAAUGCAAUCAAUCUCAAAGGAGGAUUCUUGCAAGUAAGCGAACCAGGCAUAUUGAGGGACAUGGCACUGCUUCAGAAGGGGAUUAUUCUCCUUUGCAGCUCCAUAACAUGCUUAAAAGCAAGCAUACAAAAUGCAUGGAAAGUGAUGCAGUUUCAGAUGAUUCGCUAGAUGAUAAUACCCGCAUACAACCUUGGAGGAAUGCUAUUUCGAAGAAAGCUAAAUCUAUUGACAGCGAUAUGGUUUCAGAUGAUACCAUGGAUUAUGAUUCUGAUUGGCCACAUAAGGAAGAGCUUAGUGACACGCAAAAUGCCAUAUCAGAGGAUUCAUUGGGUGUUGGUUCUCUUCAACGGUAUAGGAAGACUCCUAAAAGCAAGUAUGACCAAUCCACUGUUGAAGAUGUGAUUUCUGAUGACCAAACAGAGGUUUAUAUUCAGAAGCAAAAACGCAGGGUAUCUAAAAGCAGGCAACCCAAAUAUCUAAUGGAAGAAGAUGCAGUGAGAUCUGAUGAUCAACUGGGGCACUGCAUGCUGAAGCAACAGAAGAGGAGUCCUAAAAGCUGGCAGGACAAUUACCCUGUUGAAGAGGAUACUAUAUCUGAUGACGAACCUGAAUGCCGUUCUCGCAAGUAUCAAAGAAGGGUUCCAAAAGACAAACAAGCCAAACCCAUCGUUGGGGAAGAUGUAACAUGUGAUGACCAGUUGGAGUGUCACAUUCAGAAGCCCCGAAGAAGUAUGCGAAGGAGCAAGAAAAAUAAAUAUAGUGAUGAAGAAAAUAUGGAUGACUCUGCUGAAAGUGAUUCUCAUGUGCUGCAUAAAACUCCUAAAAGGAAGCAAGCUAAAUUCUCAAAUGAAAACGAUAUAAACUCAGAUGAUCAGAUGGAGGAUGAUUGUCAUCAGCCACAAAUGAGACCUCUUCGACGUAAGCAAACUAAAUCACAAACUCUUCAACAAAUGAAACAAGCUAACUCGUCUUGUGUGAGAAGCAAGCCAUCUCGGCCUGUGAAACGUGAUGCUCAUUUGCUAACAAAAUCAAAGGCUCCUCGGAAAAUGAAGCAACAGCCUCUUGCGUGGAACGAUCAAUCAGUUAACUCCAAAGAUGAAACUUCACAAAUUGAAGACAAUGAAACUAGAAGACCUCCCAGCAUGCGCAUUAGGAAAAGAGUCCAAAAAAUUCAGAAUGAAUCCGAGGAGGAAACAAAAGAAAAAGAAACCAAAAAGAAAAAAGUGAAGACUGCAAUAACUUCAAAGGUUUCAACUGGCCGUGUCAUAGAGAAGGAUGAGGAAGGAGAAUACCAGUGUGACAUUGAAGGGUGCACCAUGAGUUUUUACUCUAAACAGGAGUUGAUGCAUCAUAAGAAAAAUAUAUGUCCUGUGAAAGGGUGUGGAAAGAAGUUUUUCUCACACAAAUAUCUGGUGCAUCACCGCCGAGUUCAUGAGGAUGAUCGCCCACUAAAGUGUCCUUGGAAGGGAUGCAAGAUGGCUUUCAAGUGGUCAUGGGCUCGGACCGAACAUAUUCGAGUCCACACUGGUGCUCGUCCAUAUGUGUGUGCUGAGCCGGGGUGUGAACAAACGUUCAGAUUUGUUUCUGAUUUCAGUCGUCAUAAGCGAAAAACUGGUCAUUCAGUAAAGAAAACUCGUAAAUAGCAAGUCCAAGUGUAAUAAACAUUGUUACUAGCAUUGUUUGAUAAAUUUAUGAAUCUAUUGUUUAACUGACAGGAUAGGAUUAGGUUUUGACAACAUCUUAGGAUAUCCCUGUAAUUGCAAUUUGGAGUAACUGUUAACUCUGAUUCUAAUGUUUUAUUUUUAUUUAUUACAAUCAAAGCAAACAAUUGUUUGGA